AUGGUUCAGUUUGGAUUCCAUGACAUCCAUGGCAAGCUGGUUCGCAAGUACGAUGCCAGUGAAGACCUUUCCCUUUCUAGCGAAAUAAAUGCAAUCAAGGUCUACGGUCGAAUUGAUUUCACCUUGAAUAGCUACAAACAAUUCACAUCGAUGCUGAGAAGAUCUUCCAAUAAGUUCAACAAAAUUACUCUAGCAGACAUCCCGGAGGAUCAGUCGCCUGAAUUUCUGGCAUUCUUGGUGCUCAUUUCCAACAAAGCCAAAAGUCUAGAGUUCACAGGCAACUGCCAGCUUACAAGGUACUCAACUACCUGUUUGAUGUCCACCUUGCUUCAAUGGAACGGGAUUCAAGAACUGGUACUCGAUGGACAGAUUCCAAUGACCACUGCCAAAGCGAAGUUACUAUUCGAAGGAGUGGCUUCUUCUCCAUGCCUGGAGGUUCUAAGCUUGCACCCGCAGUUUGAUGACCAACAAGUUGCUGGUGAUCUUUUGAUUCGUGCAUUGAGUCAAAAUCGUAGCUUGGAGCGCCUUGAUAUGACCCUUCUACCUUCUGUGGAACGCCCGGAAGUCAUGAAGGAUGUUCUUUGCUAUAGCGACGACUGUGAACUCGAGGGGUUGGGGAUUUAUGGAUGUCAGGUGGUGGUGGGGUCCACAUCCUCAUUGUUCACGGACUCGUCAUCGUCGUCGGUGAAUCAAAAUAGCACCGUAACAGAAUUGACGCUGUAUGAUAUGCCCUUUGAGCGGAUCAAGGACAUUUUGGGAUUCUUCGAGGCUCUUGUUGACUUGGAUUUGUCUGAGAACGAGGAUUUCAUCGCUAGCCUGGAGUUUUUGGACCAUUUGGUUCUCGAUGAGAACUCCACAUUGGAGCAUCUUGACGUCCAUGGUAACGAUAUUGGGGUGGAAGAAAUGACAACUUUUGUCAGCAAACUAUCCCGCAUGAAUACUCUAAAAAGUUUGAAAAUCGGGUCUAAUCCGUGGGAAGAUUUAGGAUCAGCAGAAUCAGUCAAUCAUGCGCUGAUUGCUGCCAUCCAGGAGAACACAAGCCUCGAGCACAUUGAUAUAGACUCAAUUGUGCAUGAUAUUUUGAGGAGAAAUCGGGGUGGGCGACGAGUCUUUAUGCCUGAAAUUUCCGUAUCUUUUCAACCCAAUCUUUGGCCUCGAAUUCUUGAAAGGGCCUCGACGAUAAAGUAUUACAGCUGUGGCGACAGCUGGGGAUAUCCAUCUGACACAUUACCAAGAGCAGAUAAUGUCUUUUGGAUGAUGAAACGAAUGGUUCCAGAACUCUGCAAGUUUGACUGA